UGUAAACAAAAUGUGGAAAAAGUCAAAGGGUCUGAAUACUUUGCGAAUGCACUGUAUAUAUUGUUUCAGGACGACAGGGUGGCCAUGGAAACGGACAUCGGAACUAAGAAACCUGAGAAUACUGUUGAGUUCCUAGAUCCCUUCACCUUAAGAUUGGAUUAGUGUAACACAGGUCAAGGUGAACGUCUCUGCCUGGUCUGGCCUCUCCUUUGUUUCAGCAUGGACCUGCCUUCAGUUUUACUAUGGAUACUUCUGGAACUCCUUGCUGUGAGAUGCCAGGAGCUGAUACAAGGGCGUAUAGUGGGAGGAUAUGCACCUGCACCCCAUUCCAUCAAAUACAUUGUAUCAAUACAGUCAACUAGAGGACAACACUUUUGUGGAGGAUCCUUGAUAAAUACAUACUGGGUGCUCACAGCAGCACAUUGUACUAUAGGGGUGGAACAAAUUAUGAUAGUAGCAGGAGACUAUUCAGUAAGCAUGUAUGAAGGGACCGAACAGUUCUUCAUACCCCAGCUCUUAAUACCCCACCCCCAGUACAACAAGAUUACGAACAACGCAGAUAUUAUGCUUAUCAAGCUGAAAGCUCCAGUGUACCUGAAUAGCUAUGUGUCCAUCGCUCCGCUGCCCCGCCAGAGUGCCUCGGUGGCAGAGGGGCGGUUGUGUAGGGUGUCAGGCUGGGGGUUCACCAGCUCUAGUGGGGGACAGAUACCCUCCUCCCUGCGCACAGUCAAACUUCCCAUCGUCUCCACAGCCAAAUGCAACAGCAGUGAGUCUUUCAAUGGGAACAUCACAUCCAACAUGAUUUGUGCAGGCUACAGCGCUGGCAGACAAGACGCGUGUAAGGGAGAUUCUGGGGGCCCACUGGUGUGUGAAGGUCGGAUCUAUGGUGUGGUUUCCUGGGGGAUGGGCUGUGCCGAUGCCAAGUACCCAGGAGUCUACACUGCUGUGUCAAAGUAUCGCAGGUGGAUAGACCGGAUCAUGUUCAGCUACUACGGACGCUGCAGCAAGUAUUAGAAUCAAGUGUUUCUGUCUGAAACACUACCCUUAUCAUGAACUUGAAACAUUUCAGAGAGCUUGAUGUGAAACACGUCCAAUAUUGGGGAUAAAAAGUCUCCCAGUGUCAUGUCGCUUUUCAUUACUUUUAAUUUUUAUAAAACAUCGAUAGAAACAUGGACCAUUCCCAACAUGUUCUUGCAGUACAGUAUGUUGCUACUUGUAGUCCCCUAGCAAUGCUAUUCCACAAAGCAACAUGACGAACAACUGAUAAAAUAUGAAUCAUGUCAACAAUAAAACAUUUAUUUAACAAGAGAUGUAAUGCCAAGUUAACAUGGUUUAGUUUAUAUGAACACCAGUGUUAUCAACCAGACACUAAUGCAUAGAGCAUAAACUUGAAUGAAGCAAUUUCAAGCCUGAGAGGUGAGUGCAUGUAUAUUUAGACUACAUAGAAGAGUUAAAUAAUUGUGAAAUUGUAAGUGUGUUAUAAAAAACCGAAGUGAACUGUAUGUUUUCCUUGUUUUAUAUAAUGCAUCACUACCAAUUCAAGGUGGACUGGUUUUAUUUUCACAAUUUGUAUUACAAGUGUGUCAUCCAGAUUUAAUUGAGGGAUCAAAUUCUGGACAGGCAUAUUUACAAAACAAAAUAGUAGAGUAGAAAUGUUAUCAACUUCCAAAGUUCCCGAACAAAUAUCCCAGCUGUACCCAUAAUUGUAUUUAUUUAUUUAACCCUUAUUUUACCAGGUAAGUUGACUGAGAACACAUUCUCAUUUAGCAACAAACUGGGGGAAAGUUACAGGGGAGAGGAAUGAGCCAAUUAGAUGCUGGGGAUGAUUAGGUGGCCAUGAUGAUAUGAGGGCCGUAUUGGAAAUGUAGCCAGGACACCAGGGUUAACACCCCUACUCUUGUCUGCUCAUUGGUGACAUUCAUCAUCAAAUCCGCUUGUCUCCUGAUGAUGUUUUGAUAUUCAUCUCUAGCCCUGAGACUUCUUGUUAAUACUGUUGAAUUACUCUGUGAAUUCUCAGGCUACAAAAUUAAUUUAACUAAAUCAGAGGCUAUGCCACUUGGUUGUCUUCCCUCUGUACCUAUUACUUCUCCCCCCUUUCCUUUUAAAUGUUCCCCCCUCAGGUUUUACAUAUCUGGGUAUAUUUGUAACUCCUAAAUUCCAGCAAAUAUUCAAAGCCAAUUUGGUUCCCCUAUUCCAUAAAAUAAGACAGGAUCUGGAGCGUUGGAACUAUCUUCCGAUUUCAUGGUUGGAUAGAAAAUCCCGCUUGAAAAUGAACAUUUGACCUGGACUACUUUACCCAAUCCAAACGAUCCUAGUCUUACUUUCCAAUAAGGUAAUAAACUAUUUAAGUGGCUGGUUAAGUUCCUUCAUAUGGAGUAAACACAAGCCAAGACUUGACAGUAUUGCAGCUGCCAGGUUCUACGGGUGGCUUGGAUCUUCCCAAUAUUAGGUUUGAUCAGUGGUGUGCCCACUUCUGUUAUAUUUCUGACUGGAUCACAAAUGAUGACUCCUCUAUUUGGUUAGAUAUUGAGACUUCUUUUUCAAAAUACCCCCUGCAGGAUAUUUUAUUUUUCAGAAGGCUAAAGCCUGUAAAAAAUCACUGCAAUAAUCCCAUUACACUUAACACACUCAAAGCAUGAAGGUCAGUUCAAUGUUUUUUGGGAAGGUCCAAACUAACCUCUGCUCUUACCCCAAUUCUUAACAACCCAGAUUUUCUACCAGGAUUGCUGGAUGCUGGCUUUAACAUUUCGCUUAAUAAGGGCAUAGGCAUACUAAAUGUUUUAUUCGCUGAUAAAAAUUUAAUUUAAUUUGAGCAGAUGGUUGAGAAAUAUUGACUUCCAAAGCAGGACUUUUUCCACUUUCUACAAACAGGAAAUUAUCAUUUGAAGAGCACCACCUUAAUUGGCAACCCUGACGUGUCUGUCAUUGAAAUGAUGCUUUUUUUCUGACAAAGGGAAAUGUCUAUAAGUUUAUUUUAUGAUGCUUUGCGGACCUUUUCUACUGUUGACACACAGAGGGUCAAGCAAGUGUGGGAGAAAGAAUUGUCUGUUACUAUUGACGAGGAGAUGUGGGAGGACAUUAGGAGAUACAUGUAUGCAAAAACAAUAUCUAUCUGUAGUCGUACUAGAGCAAUCCAUUUAAGAAUAAUACACAGAUUGCAUAUAUCCCCAAAUAGCAAAACAUCUUUUUACAGUAGAUUCUAUUAAGGAUUGGCAUAAGAUAUUUGAAUGGGUGCCAUUGGAUUAUCUGACAUGUACAUUAAAUUCUAAAACAGA